GAUAGGCGCCGGUGAUGGAAGUGGAGAGCAAUGGAGCACGCCUCUCGCCCCCGGGCUUCAUUUGAAACCUCUUCUUCUUUUUUUCCCUUCUUUUGCUACUUGGGGCCUUUUAGAGAAAAAAAAGGAGUUGAAGAAGAAGGAAAAGUCGCCGUUUUGCUGUUGUGCUUGCUUGUUUUUCCUAUUUCUCCUCCUUUUUCGUUUUCUUCCAAGUGGUGUGCACCAGUUGAACGCUAGCUGCAAUGGAGGAAGAACCAGUGCGUCCCAUUGACUACUGGGUUUGUCGCGCAACAGAUAGAUUCAUCGGUGACGAGGAAAGAAUUAAAGCAUUGGACUUCAUAAUUGAAAGCAUUUAUAAACAACCUGCAAGUGCACUGCUCGCAGUGGAUCUUUUUUCACACAAGCUUUCAAGUCCUUCACAAGAAGAAGCGAUGCUUACAAUCAGAGCUCUUGAUUAUUUAGUACGCAAUGGAGGCGAAAAGGUUCAUGAGCGCUGUGGUCGUUACAAAUUCCUAAAUGAGCUUGUCCGAUUGAUAGCUCCCAAAUACAAUGGGAAAUUGACAAGCGACGCACUGAAAACGGAAAUCAUAAAGCUGCUGUUCAUCUGGCAAUUGUCAAUCAAGCACAUUCCAAAAUACAAGCAAGUGUACGAGUCAUUAAAAUUGAGCAAGAUAAUCACUGACGAUCCGCAUGUUAGAGAAACUGAAGUUCCUGUUUUCGCAGUUCCACCUGUCAGGUCAUCGGUGUUUGACAAUGAAGAGCAAGCCGUUCUUUUGAAAGCUUUAUUAUCAAGUAAUCGCCCAGAAGACUUGGAAACUGCCAAUAAUCUAAUCAAAACUCUUGUAGAAACUGAAGAGCACAAGCUUGUCAAGAUUCAUGAACGCCGGAAAAAGUUAGAUCAUGCUAUCAACCUGUGCAAUCAAGUUGAACAUCUACGGCUCGACAAGGCGGCGGAAACAAUCGGACUCGGAAAUUAUUCGCCAGAUAAUGAACUUACCCUUCAGAGGGUAACGAAUGAACUGAUUCAACUUCAAGAAUUGUUUUAUGGAUAUGUCAAUGAACUAGCAGAAAACAAUGAUCCUUGCCUAGAAGAAGUUUUAAAUAUUAACGACCAAAUCAAUAGAGUUCUGCCCGAAAAUGAAACUCCGAAAUGUGGAAAUAGAGCCCCAAUUUCGGCAAGAACUCAGUUGGAUCCAGAGAACCAAGAAUUGCUUGUUUUCAACACACCAACAAGCGAAGUGCCUCCUAAGAACGGAUUUUGUGACCCCCGUGAUUUGGAAGGAAGUUUGCUAAACAAUAUGAUAGAGUCGGAGUUCGUCGAAGAACCAAAGAUCGUUCCCGUUCAACAAAUGACGCCCGUUUUGAACCGGAACAGCUCAGCAAGUCCUCGUGCUAGUGGAGACUCUUCUAUAUUUGAAACUGAUUUUCUGGCUGGGAAACGGCUCCCAGAACCUCUCAAACCACCGACAUUGAAUGAGUUGAAACCAAAUACAACAACAAUUACGCUAGAAGCUUUAGAAGUUCUGGUACCACCAAUGUCCCCAGAACCAACAAGUCUGUCCCCAAAAGCUAUCCCUGAGAAAGUUGCACUGAACCCAAGUUCAAUAAUAAUGAGGAAUCGCGUACCCAUUGAAGUACUCUACAGCAAAGGUAUGAGGAUUCUUCUCUACUAUUGCCAAUCAGAUAUGACUGUCAGCAAUAUUCAUUCUUAUGUGUUGGUUAUUCAGAAUCACAAUAAUUUCACAAUUAAAGAUGUCAACUUGAGCUUGAAAACAAAUGAUAAGAAUGUCAUUAUCCGGCUGCAGGAUUCUGUCAACAAUCUUGCUGGUUUCAAUAUAUUUGGUCAGCAAGAAACAAUCAACCUUCUUCUUUGCAUUCAGCAACUUAAUGACGUCAAAGACGUUGAACUUGACUUCACUCUAGCUUACAAAAAGAGUUUAGAAUCGGCGAUUAGUGGAAGCUUCACAUUACCCAUCAUUCCAGAACAUAUUUUUAAUAUUAAUUUUUGAAUUGUAAAUUGAGAAAAAUAUUUUUUCGUUUGUUUUUUUUUGUCCCGGUUUACAUAUUUUGUCGAUUUCGAAUGACUAGAAAAUGCUAAACAUCCCCAAUUUUGCUUGUAUACGUUUCAUGUAAAGGUUUUUGCGAAGGAAAAUAUAAAUCUUGAUUUAAUCUUUUAGCUCAGGCAGUAAAACGCUGGCAUUAAAUGCAAUCUUCAUGGCACUUGUGUUGGAGAAGAGUACAAAACUACCAAGGAUUAAUUUUAAUAAAUAUCUUUAUUU